AGGGCAGCCGGCAGCUUCCCCUUUUUUGCCCUGCUCCAGGCGCCGAGCUGCUUCCCCCUUAGUGUUUCAGAAGAGGGGACAGCAGCACCAUGGCCCCCAGCACAGCCAUCCGGCAGACCUGCUGCUGCUUCAAUGUCCGCAUUGCCACCACUGCCCUGGCCAUCUACCAUGUGAUCAUGAGUAUCUUGCUGUUCAUCGAGCACUCAGUGGAGGUGGCCCACGGCAAGGCGUCCUGCAAAUUCUCGCAGACAGGCUACCUCAGGAUUGCUGACCUGAUCUCCAGCUUCCUGCUCAUCACCAUGCUCUUUUUCAUCAGUGUGAGCCUGCUGAUUGGCGUGGUCAAGAACCGGGAGAAGUACCUGCUGCCCUUCAUGUCCCUGCAAAUCAUGGACUUCCUCCUGUGCCUGUUCACCCUGCUGGGCUCCUACGUGGAGCUGCCCGCCUACCUCAAGUUUGUGUCCCGGAGCCGGAGCCGGGCUCCCCCCUCCAAGGUCCCACUGAUGACCCUGCAGCUCCUGGACUUCUGUCUGAGCAUCCUAACCCUCUGCAGCUCCUACAUGGAAGUGCCCACCUAUCUCAACUUCAAGUCCAUGAACCACAUGAAUUAUUUCCCCAGCCAGGAAGGAAUGGCUUAUAACCAGUUCAUCAAGAUGAUGAUCAUCUUCUCCAUCGCCUUCAUUGCUGUCCUCAUCCUGAAGGUUUACAUGUUCAAGUGCGUGUGGAGAUGCUACAGAAUCAUCAAGUACAUGAACUCGGCCGAGGAGACGAGCAGCUCCAAGAUGCUCCAAAAGGUGGUCCUGCCAUCUUACGAGGAAGCCAUGUCUCUGCCACCCAAGACUCCGGAGGGGAACCCAGCGCCUCCCCCGUACUCUGAGGUGUGACAUGCACCAGGCUCCAGCCCUAGUGCUGAAAGGGGCGGAGCUGCCUGCAAUCCGCUUCUUGGCUUUGGUGGCUCCUGUGACCUGGAUGAACCACCCAGCUGACUUCAGGACAAUCUGCUUGUGUCCCCCUCGCUGGCCUGCUUUUCCUGUGGGGCCUGGGUGAUAUUCACAGCUGAGUCAACCCCUUAGGCUGAAUGGCUCCUUGAGUAUCUCAAAAAUUCAAUCCAACAACACUUGGCUUGUUUCGAUCAGCUCUGACAUUUGUUUAAACAAUUGGUCAUUCUAAAUUCAGUGAGUUUGGUUAAAUAACUUUCAGCUUGACCAGUUUAACCAGGAGAUUGAUAAGUUUUUUUAAAAUUACUUGUCAGUUCAGUAAAAUAAUUUGGUCAAACAACAACAGCCCAUUGCAUUGGUUUGUAAAUAGUCAUCAGUUCAUACAGUAGUUUAGUCAAGUAAUAUUAGUCUUCCCCACCAAAUCCAUAUAUCCAAUUUCUUCAAAUAGCUUGCUUACAUAAUUAUAAAAUCAGCCAACCAUCAGUCAAUUUAGAAUAGUGAUUAAAUUAAAUCAUUAAAAAAAGAAAGAGAGAGAGAUUAGCUCCCAAACCAUUCAAUUCGAUCUGAUUCAAUCACUGGUUCUCAUUCUGGUCAGUUCAGUAUUUCCAAGUUGCUGAAUAGUCAAGACAAUUGCCAAACCAUCAUUCAACAGCUUGUUCCAGGAAACAACAGAAGUUUCAAUCGUCAAACAGUCCCUUCAGAUACACAUUGUUUUGGUCAAGAGUUGUCAUCGUCAGCAAUCACAAGUGGUCAGAGAAGUCACCUAGCAGUGGACUCUGUGCAUAGGUUGCCUCAGCAGCAGUCAUCUCUAGCAAGGAGCCUUCAUCCAUUCCACAGGCCAGUCCAUCCGUCACCGAUUUGCUUGUAGGUGACCCAGUUUUGUCUGAGGCUUGGGGUCAAGCAGAAAUUCAGCCCUGAAAUCAGGCAAAUCCCAUUUGUUGGACUAAACGAGCAAGUUAGUUCAGUCAAAACAGGCAAACCCUUUGUGGGUACAGAUCCUGCCAGGGGGGCUGGCAGGGAGGGUUUUGGUCCCAACACUCCCUCUUUUGCUUGCUUCUCUGAGGGCUGGAGUUCCUGAGGGAGCUGGCCCAAAGAUGGAGGCGGGGCCAUGGAGGCAGGCUCUCCAGGGUCUUGUAGGGCGGUGCAGAGGGAGAGGAUUGCAAGAGGCUCCCUGCCCACACUGCUCAUGUAAUCGCUUCAUGUGGGAUGGGGAAGAAGUUUCAAUAAAGCAGCAACGUGCUUCUCUUGG